CACCAACACCACCGACAACCGUGGAGGGCUCUCGCUCUCAUGGGCGUGCCUCGCGCACCCCGACCCGAAUGUCGGAGAGCAUGCAGCACGGGGAGCCGCUCUCGGACGAGGAAAAUGCAGCCUACUUGAAGAAUAUGAAAGAGCAACAAACCAAAUUCUGGGCGGAGCAAAUGCAAGAGAUGAACGUGUUGGAGAUUGGCACGGAGCAGGACUUCAAGAACCACAACGACCUGCCGCUGGCACGCAUCAAGCGGAUCAUGAAGUCCGACGAGGACGUGAGGAUGAUCUCCGCCGAGGCGCCGGUGCUCUUCGCCAAGGCGUGCGAGAUGUUCAUCCUCGAGCUCACCCUUAGGUCUUGGUGCUACUCAGAAAAGAACAAGCGGCGGACGCUACAGAAGGAGGAUAUCCAGGCUGCCAUCCGCAAGACGGAAAUCUUCGACUUCCUUGUGGACGUGAUCCAAUAGAGAUCGGCUGCCGCUGUUUUGGUUGUGUCGUCGCCUCCGUGGUGUUCUUUGUUGCUGUUGGUUGCCGUCUGCUGGAUUUUUAUUUUAUUUUUCUUCUUCGGUGUGUCUCGUCCCCUUUUUUUUCGCUUCGGGGGCGAGGGAUGGUGUACGUACGUAGAUGCCUAGUUUUCUAUGUUUUUUGUGCGUGCGUGUGGGAGUGGCAGCGCGUCAUCGCCGGGGUCAAGUAUAAUUGUGUGCUGUGUGGUCGUACGGAGGGCCUUGGGGGGGGGGAGGUCUUCGCCAGGCCGUUGGUCGAGUUGUUGCCGGUGCAUGGUGCCGGAGGAAGGGAGGCGGGGACUGCUCACUCGCGUUCCAGACGUCGUUUGCUUGGCGCUAUUAUUGUAGAAGAGCAGGCAGACAUGGAGGGCGGAGGGUACGUGCUGCUGCUGUAUUGGCGGCUCCAACGUGAUCGUGUCCUAUGGAGGGUGCGUGUCUGCAACAUUGUCUGCCAAUAACGUUCAUUGUGUGCCGAUGUGGUGGUGGUGAAACUGCCUAAAGUUUGCUCGUCUCGAGGGAACCCGCAUCAACAUUAUUAUAAUACGCAUAAGUCUGCUG